AUGCGCAUUAUUUUUGAUUUAGUUUUAAAUCAUACAAGCGAUGAACAUCCAUGGUUUAUUGAAUCUCGAUCAUCACGUACAAAUUCAAAACGUGAUUGGUAUAUAUGGAGAGAUGGUAAACCUGGUGGUCUUCGUCCAAAUAAUUGGGAAAGUAUUUUUAAUGGUUCAGCUUGGGAAUAUGAUAAAGAAACAGGUCAAUAUUAUUUACAUUUAUUUUCUCGUAAAAUGCCUGAUGUUAAUUGGGAAUAUCAAGAAUUACGUCAAGAAUUAUAUAAAAUGACACGUUGGUGGCUUGAUCGAUGUGUUGAUGGUUUUCGUAUUGAUGCAAUAUCACAUAUAAAAAAGAAACCAGGUUUACCUGAUUGA